AUGAGAGAAGGAGAGAGCGGGAGAGAGCGUUUGAGGGUGAAACACGGUGAAGAAGAUGGCCAUGCCAUCGAAAGAGAUAAGGGGGAGAGUGUGGGAGGGUUUGCAUCAGGUGUGAAGGAGGGAUCAAGUAAGGGCGACCUUAGUUCCAGGGUGACUUCCAAGAUUUCGUUCCGUGACAAGGUUAUUGGUUCUACGGUAGCCACAGGGAUAAAUCGGGCUGAAGCUCUAGAUGAGGAUUCCAUGGCAGUGGUCGCUGGAAAACAAGGAGAUCCUAUGCCUCCAAGAGUUUGCUUCUCCGAAGAGGCUAGGAACAUCUUUUCUGAACCAUACAAGGAAGCAAUUGUGAUUAAGGUUCUUGGAAAAAACUUUAGUUACACGGCCAUGUUUCACAAAUUGAAAGGGGUAUGGAGGAUCACCGGUGGAUAUGAAAUCUUGGAUGUGGGUUUUGGGUACUUCCUUGUUAAAUUUGAUCGCAUGGACGAUCGAGAGAAGGUUUUACUAGGGGGGCCAUGGAUGAUCUUCGGUCACUAUAUUGCGGUCAAGCCAUGGACACCGGAUUUUAAACCUUGUGAGGACACUUUCGGGGAGACUAUGGUUUGGAUUCGAAUCUCUGGUUUGAGCAUAUGGUACUAUCAGGAUAAAGCCAUGAUGAGAAUCGCUUCUGCUGUGGGAAGACCAGUCAAGGUGGAUCUGGCUACUAAGUUGGCGGAAAGGGGAAAAUUUGCUCGGGCUUGCGUGCAAAUUAAUCUUGGUUUGCCGGUGGUCCGGAGUGUGAUUGUCGAUGAGUUUGAAUAUAAGGUGGAGUAUGAAUGCUUACACCAUAUUUGUGACAAGUGCAAUUGUUUCGGGCAUCCAGCAACUGACUGCAGAAUGACCCCAAUAGAUUCGAAAAGGGUGGAUCGAAAGGAAACAUCAGUGACCGAGACGGCGGCCCGGUCGGUGCAGCCACAGGAAGCUUCAAAAGAGAAAAUUUUUGAAUUUGGAUGCAAUCCCAAAGAGUCAGUGAUAGUUGCAGAAAUUGGAGGAUGGCUAAAUAUGGUGCCAAGAGUAACUCUAAUCAUGUUAUUUGGUCUGAACCUAGUGUUGAUCUCCAACAGAUCAUCCGCUCGGAUUUAG